UUGCUGGCUUGGAUAUCGUUUAGAAGGCAUACUCGCAAAAUCGCCAUUUUGAGUUGGAUGAAAUAUUUCAUUACUUGCAAAAUCUUACUCUUGUCAUCUUAAUCACGAUUGGAGCGAAGAUUUCUGUAUUUGGUGUGAAGGGUAGACGAAUAAAGACUCAAAAGUCCCUGGCCAAGAUGACGGCAGGUGAAGAAAUUUUAGACAAUCGACCACAAAGGAAGUUUGUUUGUGGGGCCGUAGAAGGAUUUUAUGGAAGACCAUGGACCACAGAGCAAAGGAAAAUCCUGUUUGAAUGGUUGAAGAAGAUGAAAAUGAACACAUACAUGUAUGCACCCAAGGAUGACUGUAAACAUCGAGCCUUUUGGAGGGACCUGUACUCGGUAGAGGAAGCUGAGAACUUGACAUCACUCAUUGAGGCAGCUAAGGAGAAUGGAGUGGAGUUUGUCUACGCAUUGUCCCCGGGGCUGGACAUAACUUUUUCCAGUGCAAAAGAUGUACAGUUUCUCAAACGCAAGCUUGAACAGGUGACGAGUUUUGGCUGUACGGCGUUUGCUUUGCUGUUUGAUGACAUAGAGCCGGGAUUAAGUGAGACGGACCGCAGCGUGUUUCAAUCGUUUGGAUCCGCUCAGGUUUCUGUCACAAAUGAAGUGUAUCAACAUCUUGGACAGCCUCAGUUCUACUUCUGUCCCACAGAGUAUUGUUCAUCACGAGCUGUUCCAAAUUUAUUAGCAUCAGAUUACCUCAAUACACUAGGCGCCAAACUCCUCAAAGACAUUGACAUUUUGUGGACAGGUCCUAAAGUGAUCUCCAAGAAACUGACAAUUCAGCACUUACAGGAAGUGUCCUCCGUGAUAAAGCGCCCACCAGUGAUAUGGGACAACAUCCACGCUAACGACUACGACCCUCGGAGGAUGUUCCUGGGGCCGUUUGAUGGAAGAUCUCCAGAAGUAAUUCCCUAUUUGCGUGGACUCUUAACAAAUCCAAACUGUGAGUUUGAGGCAAACUAUGUUGCUCUUCACACGCUGGGACAAUGGAGUGUGUCCAAUAACGAUGGCGUAAAGAAAGAUAUUAUUGCAGAUGGAGAACAUUUGAGUCCAGUGGCAUCUGACAUCAGACUGGAGACAGAGAGCGAGUAUGGUUCCAAUGAAGACUUGCCCUCUCGUAUUGAUCGUAGGUACCAGCCCAGGCUGGCUCUAAAGCAAGCUCUGAACGACUGGAUGCAAGAAAUCAACACAAACCGCCUACCACCUCGUGUGGUGGCUCCUCUGACCACCACUGGUCCUCCCAUACCCAUACCCCCUAUUCCCACUCCUGCCGUGGACCCUGGUGCUUCCCCUUUGUGUACAGAUGAUGUUCCCCCAUUUACAGUACCGCCCAUCAGUCCGACGACUAACCUAGUGGACUCUACCAUCCCAUCCGACACAGACUCCGAGAUCUCUGAUGAUCCAGAACCGAUGGAGUACGUUCCAACGUCUCUACCCUGCAAGGAGCCUUCCCCUGAAACCUCCCCGGAGGACGUGAUGCAGGUGGAGACGGAGGUGUCCGCUGUGGUGGAUAAGGACUGUUGUAUGAUGAGCAGUGAGUGCUUCUCGCGAGACGAUCUCGGUCUCUUUGUGGACUUUUUCUACACUCCAUUUGACCAUGGUAUGACUGGUGUCCAGUUGUUACAGGACUUGCACUAUUUGAAAUCUAACGCGGGUGUGGUGGUCCAGGGACGGAAUAAAUCUAAUCUGGAUGAAGCAUCAGCAUGGAUGGAAGCUGCUGAUAAAUUCCUGGAGGUUGUACACAAAGUAAAUAACAUGAUCCGACUCAUCCAACAGAUUCCUAAUGUAGCUGUGGUUCACGAGUUUUUCUCCUACUUGUGGGAUCUCCAAGGCCUGCUGCAACUCUGUGCUUGUUAUGUGCAGUGGCUAAAACUUGGACAGAUCAAGGAAUCAGCCAUACCCCGACUGUCGGAGCCAUCACCCAAUUCUCCAACAUGGUGUUCAAAAGGGUAUAAGGAUCUGUUCCAUAGUGGAGACCAGGAACCGUGGGUAUUUCGUGGCGGAGUCCAGGGGGAAAUCCAACGUUUAUUACCAAGUGAUGGUGCACACGAUCUGUUCCUCAUGCGCCCCCCUGAAGUCAUUCUAAGGAAGAUGUACUGCUAUCGACCAUAUCUUGCCACAGACGAGAGCUUAGUAUACAACAUUUGUCUAAGAACCUGUGAUGAUGGAAUGGAUGGAACAGAAGUCUUUCCGGACUUCCCAGAUCUCAUAGCAGAUAGGAUCAUAGGAGCCAUUGCGUCAAUCAGUCCCGAGUAUUGCUUUGUUGUCUGUGAUGACCAAGCAGUGUGUGGGUAUGCCUUGGCAGCAUUGGAUGCCACACUGCUUCGUGAAAAAUCAGAGCUUUCCUGGAUGCCUGCCAUGUUCCAGAAGUACCCCAAACCCACCAAGGAGGAACUCACUCCCAGCGAGGAGGUGAUCAUGAGUUUCCACACACCCCGGAGACCUACUCCAUUAUCUGUGACCCAGCGGUACCCCUCUGUGAUCCGCCUGGACUUUAUCCCAGCUAGAGUAGAGGACUACAGCGUUCCCAAGAGGCUGCUGGCCUGUGCAGUCAUGGCAUUGAAAACCAGCGGCUCCACCGGCAUUCACGUGGAAAUGAAUGUCGGGGACAAGUGCAUGAUUGACCACUACCAGAGAAUGGGCUUCUUCCCAAUCAUGGACACUGCUGGUGGCCCAGAUGAUGUGGUGUACUUGGGGAGAGCUAUUUAAAAACCCAUUCAGCAUUCCAGACUCCCCAACUGUAGUUAAUGAGGGUGUAAAACCAAAACUGUGUUCUCCCAUCUUGAAAUGGGUCAGUGUUUGAACUCGGUACUGUUUGUCCGUGAGACGGUCACAGUCAUCAUUAGUUCUGUUCAGUCCACACUAUUCAUUUCUACUGGUGUGGAUUCUGCCAACAUUAGUUGUGAUUAUCAGUCAACAUUGGUUAACUGAAUUCCUGCUGAUGUUAAUAAAGGAACAACUGACCAUUUUAUGUUGGAAAGAUUUCGCUUCAUUAUAAGAAAAUGUCAACUAAAAUCUCUGAUGUACUUUUCGUUGUUGUACAGUUUAUACAUUUUUUUUAAAAUAUAUAUAAUAUAUCUGUUAAACUCUGGCUGUGAUGUUACCAAGUAGUGCAUAUUUUGUGAUUCAUUGAAAAUAAAAUCCAUGGUAUUUAA